AUGAAGGGCCGAUGCUAUCCCUUCGUGCUUCUCGCGGUAUGGGGAGCGCUGGGACAACCGGAACUUGCCAGGGCACCGGACCUCGAGAGGCGCAGCGACAUUCCAAGUGCCCACGACUUCAUCCGCCGGGGCUGUCACACAGUCGCCGUUCUCGGCGAUGACUAUCUCUAUAUCGACGGCGGCCAGAUUACGGAACGGAGUUGGACAAAUGAAACAGUCCCCUUGCGAUCUAUACCAAAGGCAGCACCGCUUCUCUCCAAACAGGUUCAUUGGAUUGACGGGAAGAACCUGUACACCUGGGGUGGAUUUACUUCGGAUGGCUCAUCGCCGGAACAAGGCCUCUGGCGACUCACCGCAGAUGGCUCGGGAGGGGGUACGUGGGCACAGGUUACUCAACGGGAUUAUUUAGCCUUCUCGAAAUUAAAAGGCACAUUCGGCUCCGCCUUCACACAAACUAACGAUGUAGGCUACUCGUUCGGCGGUGCAGUGAUGACGUCGUCCGACAGCUCCGUUAACAAGGCUACUCCGGGUUUCGCCACGCCGGGCUUAGUCUCGUACAAUUUCCGGACCGGUAGCUGGCAGAACACUACAGUCACAGCUUCAUCGUAUGGUGGUUAUGGGACUAGUUUAAAUGCGAGGGCAGAAUAUGUGCCUUUCGGCCCUAACGGACUUAUUAUGUUUCUGGGAGGAGCCGAGACCCCCGUGGAUGCGACGAACGAGACGAUCGUGGAGAUAAUUUGGAACCACAUCAGCAUGGUCGAUCCGGUCACAAAACAAUGGUAUACGCAAUCAACAACAGGCGACAAACCCCCUACCGUGGAAUCUCAUUGUAGCGUUGGCGUGCCCGGUCCCAAUGGCACAUAUGAAAUAUUCAUCUACGGCGGGGUGUCAGAUCAAUUGCGUGAUACAUCCGCCGAGGUUUAUGUUCUGUCUCUCCCUAGCUUCCACUUCUUUAAGGGCCCCAAGAAUGGCCCCCCACGGUCUGAUCAUCAAUGCGCCAUCAUUGGCAAAGGCCAGAGACAAAUGCUAAGCAUGGGAGGGGUGGAUGGCGAGAACAGGACGUUCACAGCCCCAACAACGGCUGAUCCUUGGACCUACGGUAUUGGAAUACUCGAUAUGACAGAACUCGAGUGGAAAGAUUCUUAUGAACCGGACGCCCCCAGCUACGACAGCCCGGCCAUUGUGAAACAAUGGUACGGCGACGGCAAUCUACAAAACGUGGAGUGGGAUAGCGAAGAGGUUGAGGUCAUUUUCAUGAAGAAAGAUUCACCGCCACUGUCCCCCAAGCCUAUGCUAGGAGGCGGAUCACAGUCCACGGGCGUCAUUGUGGGCGGCGCUGUGGGUGGCGUUUUAGGCGUCGCCACGAUCGGCAUGAUCUCGUUAUUUCUGAUCCGGCGGAGCAGACGCGCCCGUGCCGAUACGCCGGAAUCAAAAGGAGGACUUGCACCGACGACCCGAGACAUGGAAGAUAUCGCCGAGUACAAGCCGGAGCCGUGGCCUAAGGACUACAACGGCGGCCCCCGAUACUAUUCACCCGAUUCACUGCUCAGCGGCGCUACAAUUCAAUCACCGUCAACGUCACCACAGCUAUACUAUGCCGAGCCGUCACAGCCGUCACACGAGAUCUGGCGCAGCGAGCUCUCCGGACACCAAGACGGUAUUGCCAGCAUAGCUACGAGCAUGCGUGGCGGAGAGCUGCCGGGCAGCGAUGCCCGUGUCGGGGAACUCAUGGACCCAAAUAUGCAAUGGGCACAUGAAUUGCCGGCGCCCCUUGAAAGCGAUAGGACCGAAUUGCCGGAUCGCAAAUACUCGCGGUGA